AUGGCAGAACAAUGGGAUCCCAAGGCUCUCCGACAGAACAAGAGCAAGAUUGAGGUCGCGAAGCUCACCGAUGUGCCUGGUACACCAGGUGGUCCUCCAGCUGUUGUACCAGCUGCAUUGAGAACACCAGCGCCAUCGACAGAUGCGCUACCUGCUGACCUGCCUGCAGAUUUGCAGAAGUUGGUCGCAGAGUCUGGUGCGAAGCCCAUGGCCGAGCUGAACCGCAAGACCGCGCGGGUCCACCAGAGGGUCCUGGAGCAUCAAUGUCGCUCGCAGGCCGCUCAGAACACUCAACAGAACAGCGUAUGA